CUGGGGGUGGUCCUGGCCGCCGUGGUCAUCGUCACCGGCUGCUUCUCCUACUACCAAGAGGCCAAGAGCUCCAAGAUCAUGGACUCCUUCAAGAACAUGGUGCCCCAGCAAGCGCUGGUGAUCCGCGAGGGCGAGAAGAUCCAGAUCAACGCCGAGAACGUCGUGGUCGGGGACCUGGUGGAGGUGAAGGGCGGGGACAGGGUGCCCGCGGACAUGAGGAUCAUCUCCUCCCACGGCUGCAAGGUGGACAACUCCUCUCUGACGGGUGAGUCGGAGCCGCAGACGCGCUCGCCGGAGUUCACGCACGAGAACCCGCUGGAGACGCGCAACAUCUGCUUCUUCUCCACCAACUGCGUCGAGGGGACGGCGCGGGGCAUCGUCAUCUCCACGGGCGACCGCACGGUGAUGGGCCGCAUCGCCUCGCUGGCCUCGGGGCUGGAGGUGGGCCGGACGCCCAUCGCCAUGGAGAUCGAGCACUUCAUCCGCCUCAUCACCGGCGUCGCCGUCUUCCUCGGCCUCUCCUUCUUCAUCCUCUCCCUCAUCCUCGGCUACACCUGGCUCGAGGCCGUCAUCUUCCUCAUCGGCAUCAUCGUGGCCAACGUGCCCGAGGGGCUGCUGGCCACCGUCACCGUGUGCCUGACGCUGACGGCCAAGCGCAUGGCCAGGAAGAACUGCCUGGUGAAGAACCUGGAGGCCGUGGAGACGCUGGGCUCCACCUCCACCAUCUGCUCCGACAAGACCGGGACCCUCACCCAGAACCGCAUGACCGUGGCCCACAUGUGGUUCGACAACCAGAUCCACGAGGCCGACACCACCGAGGACCAGUCGGGUGCCACCUUCGACAAGCGCUCGCCCACCUGGGCAGCCCUGGCGCGCAUCGCCGGGCUCUGCAACCGCGCCGUCUUCAAGCCGGGCCAGGAGAACGUCUCCAUCUCCAAGCGGGACACGGCGGGCGACGCGUCCGAGUCGGCGCUGCUGAAGUGCAUCGAGCUGUCGUGCGGCCCCGUGCGCCGGAUGCGCGAGCGCAACCCCAAAGUCACCGAGAUCCCCUUCAACUCCACCAACAAGUACCAGCUGUCCAUCCACGAGCGCGAGGAGGACCCCCAGGGUUACCUGCUGGUGAUGAAGGGCGCGCCCGAGCGCAUCCUGGACCGCUGCUCCCGCAUCCUCCUGCAGGGCCAGGAGCAGCCCCUGGACCAGGAGAUGCGCGAGGCCUUCCAGAACGCCUACCUGGAGCUGGGGGGGCUCGGCGAGAGGGUCCUGGGGUUCUGCCACCUGUACCUGCCCCCGGACAAGUUCCCCCGCGGGUUCCGUUUCGACGCGGACGAGGUGAACUUCCCCACCAGUGACCUUUGCUUCGUGGGGCUCAUGUCCAUGAUCGACCCCCCCCGCGCCGCCGUGCCCGACGCCGUCGGCAAGUGCCGGAGCGCCGGCAUCAAGGUGAUCAUGGUGACCGGGGACCACCCCAUCACGGCCAAGGCCAUUGCCAAGGGCGUGGGGAUCAUCUCCGAGGGCAACGAGACCGUGGAGGACAUCGCGGCGCGCCUCAACAUCCCCGUCAGCCAGGUGAACCCCAGGGAGGCCAAGGCGUGCGUGGUGCACGGCUCGGACCUGAAGGACAUGAGCUCGGAGCAGCUGGACGAGAUCCUGCGCAACCACACCGAGAUCGUCUUCGCCCGCACGUCCCCCCAGCAGAAGCUGAUCAUCGUCGAGGGCUGCCAGAGACAGGGCGCCAUCGUGGCGGUGACGGGUGACGGCGUCAACGACUCGCCGGCGCUGAAGAAGGCCGACAUCGGGAUCGCCAUGGGCAUCGCCGGCUCCGACGUGUCCAAGCAGGCGGCCGACAUGAUCCUGCUGGACGACAACUUCGCCUCCAUCGUCACCGGCGUCGAGGAAGGCCGCCUGAUCUUCGACAACCUGAAGAAGUCGAUCGCCUACACCCUGACCAGCAACAUCCCCGAGAUCACCCCGUUCCUGCUCUUCAUCAUCGCCAACAUCCCGCUGCCGCUGGGCACCGUCACCAUCCUCUGCAUCGACCUGGGCACCGACAUGGUCCCCGCCAUCUCCCUGGCCUACGAGGCGGCCGAGAGCGACAUCAUGAAACGGCAGCCGAGGAACCCGCGCAGCGACAAACUGGUCAACGAGCGGCUCAUCAGCAUGGCCUACGGCCAGAUCGGGAUGAUCCAGGCUCUGGGCGGGUUCUUCACCUACUUCGUGAUCCUGGCGGAGAACGGCUUCCUGCCGGGAACGCUGCUGGGGAUCCGCCUGGCCUGGGACGACCGCUCCAAGAACGACCUGGAGGACUCCUACGGACAGGAGUGGACCUACGAGCAGCGCAAGGUGGUGGAGUUCACGUGCCACACGGCGUUCUUCGCCAGCAUCGUCGUGGUGCAGUGGGCGGAUCUCAUCAUCUGCAAGACGCGCCGCAACUCCGUCUUCCAGCAGGGCAUGAAGAACAAAAUCCUGAUUUUCGGGCUGCUGGAGGAGACGGCGCUGGCGGCGUUCCUGUCCUACUGCCCGGGCAUGGGGGUGGCGCUGCGCAUGUACCCCCUCAAGUGAGGGUCACCCCAAAUCCCGGC